UAAUUAUCCUCCCCCUUCCCACCUCCCUCUUCUCUUCUCUAUCUCUUACCAUCCUUCCCUUCCUAGCCCAUCCGACCCCAGAACACUGCUAAGAGAGAAGAAAGCAAAAAAAGAAGUAUUCAUUACCUGCAUCAAAUCACAGAAAGAAGGGAGGCCGGGAGGGUGAUUCCAUCAAAUGGCGUCGUCGUCUUCGGUGGUGCAGGUGCCGUCGUCGUCCGGGUCUGCGGAGGAGGCUGCGGCGGCGGCAGUGGCUGCGGCGGCGGCGGCGGCGUCAUCGACGAGUUCGCCAUGCGCGGCGUGCAAGUUUUUGCGGCGGAAGUGCCAGCCGGACUGCGUGUUCGCGCCGUACUUCCCGCCGGACCAGCCUCAGAAGUUCGUGCACGUGCACCGGGUGUUCGGCGCCAGCAACGUCACCAAGCUCCUCAACGAGCUGCACCCGCUGCAGCGGGAGGACGCCGUCAACUCCCUCGCCUACGAGGCCGACAUGCGCCUCUUCGACCCGGUCUACGGCUGCGUCCGCGUCAUCUCCAUCCUCCAGCACCAGCUCCACCAGCUCCAGAUCGAUCUCUCCCGCGCUAAGUCUGAGCUCUCCAAGUACCAGUCCGCCGCCGCCGUUGCCCCGCACCCCUCCUUCCUCGACCACCAAGCCGCCCUCCCUUUCGUCGGCGCACUCACUGGUUUCGAGUUCGGCCGCGAGAUCCCACAAAGCGCUAGCCACGGCAUCAGCCGCCGCCAGAUCAUGAUGCCGAGGAACCACCACACCGACGCGGAUCUGCUGUCCGCCAGCCUCAGUGCCACAACUGCUAACGGAGAGUACCACGCGGGGCUCUUGCCGGAUAUGAGCGCCGCCGCGGCAUCGCCAGCCGCCAUCGGGCUGUUCGGCAUGCGACAGUACUCUAGGCAGAGCGCCGGCGGCGGCGGCGACGAGCAAUCCAGCGUCGGAUCUCUGUAACGAUCCAUCUCCAAAAGGUUAGUGCGCACCGUGAAAUUAAAGUUAAAUCUUAAAUUAUAAGUCGUGGAGAAAUUAAAGAAAUCGCUCAUAACCUAGCAUUUUACUCUUCCAUUCUCUCAGUAAAUUCUUCAAUAUUCUUCUGCUACACCUUUAUUAACAUUUACGAUACUUCGGGAACUGUUUUGAUUUCAUGUUUUGUUUAACGAUUAUCACUUUAAUAUGUUGGUGAUUUUAUGCUCUCCAAUCAUGCUUGUUUUGUAACCACUGAAUUGAAUUAGCUCCUAAAUCAUAUAUCUGCAAGUACAGAUUAACUUUAUCGAUCUUGUCAUGAAAUCUAAGAAUAAUAUAUGCACAAUUUUUUAGGUAAAACUGAUCGUAUUGAGUCUGAUGCCUUACUGGUUCAUCAGGGAAGAAAGAAAUCGUUUUGUGCGGUGAAUAUUGCUUUAUAUAUAAUUUCUGAUGCCUGAGCUGCAGGUUAAUUUAAACACUGGAGCAUGGUUUACUGGAGGGAUGGAUCACGUUUAGUCAAACUACAAGGAACUGAAUUCUCCUUUAUAUGUCUGCUACAUGAUUAUAUUAUUUAGAAAUGCUUUGUUCCAUCUCAACUGAGAUCAUUCUAUAUACCGGACAAUUUGCAUGCUCUUGUU